UCGCUGCGCGCCGCGGCGCCCCACAGCUUCGUGGCGCUCUGGGCGCCCCUGUUCCUGCUGCGCUCCGCCCUGGCCGACUUCAGCCUGGACAACGAGGUGCACUCGAGCUUCAUCCACAGGAGCCUCCGCAGCCAGGAGCGGCGGGAGAUGCAGCGCGAGAUCCUCUCCAUCUUGGGCUUGCCCCAUCGCCCGCGCCCCCACCUCCAGGGCAAGCACAACUCGGCGCCCAUGUUCAUGCUGGACCUGUACAAUGCCAUGGCGGUGGAGGAGGGCGGCGGGCCCGACGGCCAGGGCUUCUCCUACCCCUACAAGGCGGUCUUCAGCACCCAGGGCCCCCCUCUGGCCAGCCUACAAGAUAGCCACUUCCUCACCGACGCCGACAUGGUUAUGAGCUUCGUCAACCUCGUGGAACAUGACAAAGAGUUUUUCCACCCGCGCUACCACCAUCGAGAGUUCCGAUUUGAUCUUUCCAAGAUCCCUGAAGGGGAAGCCGUCACCGCAGCCGAAUUUCGCAUCUACAAGGACUACAUCCGGGAACGCUUCGACAAUGAGACGUUCCGCAUCAGCGUCUACCAGGUGCUGCAGGAGCACUUGGGCAGGGAGUCGGACCUGUUCCUGCUUGACAGCCGCACCCUCUGGGCGUCGGAGGAAGGCUGGCUGGUGUUCGACAUCACGGCCACCAGCAACCACUGGGUGGUCAACCCACGGCACAACCUGGGCCUGCAGCUCUCUGUGGAGACCUUGGAUGGGCAGAGCAUCAACCCCAAGUUGGCGGGCCUGAUCGGGCGGCACGGGCCCCAGAACAAGCAGCCCUUCAUGGUGGCCUUCUUUAAGGCCACCGAGGUCCACCUUCGCAGCACCCGCUCCACAGGGAGCCGGCAGCGCGGCCAGAACCGCUCCAAGACGCCCAAGAACCAGGAAGCCCUGCGGAUGGCCAACGUCGCAGAGAACAGCAGCACUGACCAGAGGCAGGCCUGCAAGAAGCAUGAGCUGUACGUCAGCUUCCGCGACCUGGGCUGGCAGGACUGGAUCAUCGCACCCGAGGGCUAUGCCGCCUACUACUGCGAGGGGGAGUGUGCCUUCCCUCUGAACUCCUACAUGAACGCCACCAACCACGCCAUCGUGCAGACGCUGGUCCACUUCAUCAACCCAGACACGGUGCCCAAGCCUUGUUGCGCCCCGACCCAGCUCAAUGCAAUCUCUGUCCUCUACUUCGACGACAGCUCCAACGUCAUCCUGAAGAAAUACAGAAACAUGGUUGUCCGGGCCUGUGGCUGCCACUAGCCCCUCCUAGAAGUCAGACCCUUUGGGCGACCUCUUUCUGGAUCCUAUGACUCACCGCCCAGCGUGUCCCACUGUCCGCCUUGUCAAGGAGCCAGCAGCCCGGUCGGCCACCUUUUGCGAGACCUCCCUGCCCCCUCCCCAACUUUAACGGUGUAGGAGCAUUCAGGAAUUUGAGAGGCAAAUGGCUUUUGGUCAGUUUUUCGUUGUCAUCCUAUGGACAAGAUCCUACGGACAAGAUCCUACAAGCUGCUGUAAGCAAAACCUAACAGGCAGAAAAGUCCAUCAGGAGAAGCUGCCCGGCCCCGAUCACGCUGCAGGGCCUCGGCCUUGCGCUGACUCGCUCGGGGUGACUGGGAGCGGCCCCCGCCAGGCCCCGGCGGGAGGAAGGGGCGCGGCCGGGGUGGGCACGUCUGUGUCUGUGCUGAAGGAACGGUGCGGAACUUCCUGUAAUAAAUGUCCCAAUAAAACAAAUGAAUGAAAAUAGUUAGGAUGUUACAGAUAUAUUUUCCUAAACAAUUUAUCCCCAUUUCUUGGUUUACUUUGAUUUCAUAAACAGAAGCUGUGUCUGGCGGAGGGAGGGGGGCACCCUCUCUAUUCCAUUUGGGCUUUGUCUGAGGUUUCCAGAGACCCAGGGUUUACGGAGACUUGCCCAAAUCCAAGAUUUGGCUGGGAGGGGAAAGGGCAAAUUUCUGCUUGGAGGAAGGGGCGUGUUGGUCUUUCAGCUGGACGUGUGAUGGCAGAAAUUAAAAUAGGCACUGAAGCCCCAGCACAUGUCUGCAGGUUCCUCUUCAGUUCCCCUCCACGCUAGGAUCUGUGUGAAGGGGAGUGGAGGGCGAUGGCAUUAGGACAGAACCUGCAACUUGACUCUGAGCUCUGGCCGGCACGGCCCUGUUUAUAGAAGCACCAAGGAAGCCCAGCUCUCCAUAGGGCUACCACCCGUCUCCUAAGUAGGUUGUCCGUUAUUCACUGAUAGCUGUUUUCUGAAGUCUGGGUUCAGACUGGGCCUCCGUGGGCCCCCCUUUUCGUUGGCAGACCCUUACCGAGGGCUCCUUGAAGCAUAGUGGGGGUUCUGCUGGGUGUAGGGUUUGCUGGGCGUGGAUCCCAAAUGCAAGGACCUAGAAGCCUUUUGAGAAUGACUUCCUGAUCAAGUGACCAGAUUUGAAAGUGCCAUUUUCUGACAUGGCUCUUGGUGAGAGCCUUCCUCACCCUGGCCGGUGGGUCCCCUAAAUGCCAUGCACCCCACCUCCAGCUGCGGCACAGGGCUUGGGGAGCACGGAGCUCUCUGAACAGAGAACAGGGUUACCCAGAAGACCCCUGGGAUCUGCUGUAGGGGGAACUGUUUCUCCAUUGUGAUUAAGUUGGUUGCUGGAAACUGUGGGAAAACUUUGUUUUUUACUUUCUUUUGUUUUUCCUUCUUCAGUAGCUUGGGCUGCAGCCCUCACUCUGUCUGGUCCACAGGGAAGAGUUGCUGUUAUUGUUACAUUUUGUUUUGUCUGUUGGCAGAUCUGGGGAUUCUUGUGUGAUCCCCUCUUGGUGCAAGUUUCCUCACCAGUUAAGCCCAGACGGCCUCUGGUUAGCUUCAUUUGUACAUUGAAACAUGUAAAUAGUUGUUACAAAACAAAGAAAUUAUUUAUGUCCAUCAGAAAUCUUUUUAGACCCUCUUCCAAUCGCUCGUUUGGGACAAUAAGCUCGCUUCCCUCCAACCUGCUUGAUUUCUUAUUUAAGACUAUUUAUUAACAGUCGGACCAAUGUACCUUCAGCUGUUGCGUAGAGCAGUCCUCAGCGAAAAUUCUGUAUAAAUAGACAAAAUAAAAAGCGUUUUGACUUUGCAAUAAAAGGAGACAUUUGGUUCUGGUU